AGCUUUACUUGUGCGUUGGACUAUUCGGAAUUAGAUGGGGGAAUUUGCGGAUGAUUUCAGCCUCAUCCCCAGGCAAUCCACACGCCUAUGCUAGCCAUUUGCUGAUUGCGACGCGUUGCAUGAGCAGCCCCGCUAAGUUUGAGAGCAUAAGACACCGGAGCAGAGCGUACGCUACGUUUUUAUUUUUAUUUUUCCUCCAAGAUGCAUUGACAACUUGCAAUGAUAUGAGCAAACGCGACGGACGGAGUCCCGUCGCAGCUUUAAGAGUCGCAGGAGGCAAAGUAACGAUCCCCGGCGCAGUCUUAACUAAUUCGUCUGCUUGUCUUUUCUUUAUUUCCGUCUGAAAGCCGCUGUCACGGCGUCGCAGGGCCCGUGUGCAGUGGAAAGAAAAAAAACCCUAUCUACGGUUCAGCCAGGAAGUCAAACUAUAUUUUUUGAAAGACAAAUCGAAAGUCUCAAUUGCCGCAGGCGGACUUCAUGUUUUUUGAAGAGAAAAAAAACGUGGGCUUCCUACAAGUGAGGAGACAGAAGACGAGUGACACUGAUGGUCAAUGACGGGCUUGUCGAUGACGGAGAGCAGCGAGUGGAAGUCCACGGUACUGUUUAGUCCAUGAUGCCGUCGUCCACGCGGAAAGUUCUGAAGGACCCCGAGGUGGCCAACCUCUUCUUCAAGGAUGACCCCGAGGAGGUCUUCUGUGACCUUCAAGAGAUUGGCCAUGGCAGUUUUGGGGCGGUGUACUUCGCCCAAAACUGCUACACGAAUGAGGUGGUGGCCAUUAAGAAGAUGUCCUACAAUGGGAAGCAAACGACAGAGAAAUGGCAGGACAUCAUCAAGGAGGUGAAGUUUCUGGAACAGCUCCGUCACCCCAACACCAUCGAAUACAAGGGCUGCUACCUGAAGGACAGCACUGCUUGGCUGGUCAUGGAGUACUGCCUGGGCUCAGCUUCUGACCUGUUAGAGGUUCACAAGAAACCGCUUCAAGAGGUAGAAAUUGCUGCCAUUACCCAUGGUGCCUUGCAGGGACUGGCUUACUUACAUUCCCAUACAAUGAUUCACAGAGAUGUGAAGGCUGGAAACAUCCUCCUGACUGAGUCAGGUCAGGUCAAACUGGCAGACUUUGGGUCUGCGUCCAUAGCGUCUCCUGCCAACUCCUUUGUGGGCACUCCGUACUGGAUGGCCCCGGAGGUGAUACUUGCCAUGGAUGAGGGCCAGUACGACGGCAAGGUGGAUGUCUGGUCCUUGGGAAUCACCUGCAUCGAGCUGGCGGAACGCAAGCCCCCCCUCUUCAACAUGAAUGCAAUGAGUGCCUUAUACCACAUCGCCCAGAAUGACUCUCCCACUCUGCAGUCCAAUGAGUGGUCAGACGCCUUCCGAAGCUUUGUCGACUACUGCUUACUGAAAAUCCCUCAGGACCGACCCUUCUCAGCCGAUUUGCUGCGGCAUGACUUCGUCCGGCGCGAUCGCCCCCCACGGGUCCUGAUCGACCUCAUCCAGAGGACCAAGGAUGCGGUGAGAGAGCUGGACAACUUGCAGUACCGCAAGAUGAAGAAGAUCCUGUACCAGGAGAAACACAAUGGGCCGAUGAGUGAGUCCCAGGAGGAGGAGGAGGACAGCGAGCAGGCUGGUUGCAAGAUGAACAGCCUGGGCAGCAAUCACUCCAUCCCCAGUACCUCAGUCAGCACGGGCAGCCAGGGAAGCAGCAUCAACAGCAUGCAGGAGGUCAUGGAUGAGAGCAGCUCCGACCUCACCAUGAUGCACCCCUACGACAGCAUCCCGGAGCCCUCCUCUGGCAUCAAGAAGGUGCAUGCCUGUAUUCAGGAUGAGUCCGGGCACCAGGAACCCAGGCCGGAGGUGCGGCCCGCCUCCGAGAGAAGCCAGGCCAUCAGCUACAAAAACCGCGAGAGAUUCGCCACCAUCAAGUCGGCGUCACUGGUUACGCGGCAGAUUCAUGAGCAUGAGCAGGAGAACGAGCUGCGGGAGCAGAUGUCCGGGUACAAGCGCAUGAGGAGGCAGCACCAGAAGCAGCUGAUCGCGCUGGAGAACAAGCUGAAGGCCGAGAUGGACGAGCACCGGCUCCGUCUGCAGAAGGAGGUGGAGACGCAGGCCAACAACGCCCACAUCGAGCUGGAGAAGCUGGCCAAGAAGCACGCCGUCCACACUGAGAAGGAGAUGAAGACGGCCGCAACCGACGAGAAAAAAUUCCAGCAGCAUAUCAUGGCCCAGCAGAAGAAGGAGCUGACCACCUUCUUAGAUAACCAGAAGAGGCAGUAUAAGCUGUGCAAGGAGAAGAUUAAAGAGGAGAUGAACGAGGACCACAGCACGCCAAAGAAGGAGAAGCAGGAGCGGCUGUCAAAACACAAGGAGAACAUGCAGCAUUCGCAGGCCGAAGAGGAGGCGCACCUGCUGGGCCAGCAGCGCAUGUUCUAUGAGCAGAACUGCAGGGCUUUCAAACAGAAGACCAUGAGCAAGCGGCACGGGUUUGAGGAGGAGCAGAUGAGAGAGGAGCUGAACAAGAAGACGACCCAGAAGGAGAUGGAGCACGCCAUGCUGAUCCGGCACGACGAGUCCACACAAGAGUUGGAGCACCGACAGCUCAAGAUGCUGCAGAAGUUGCGCAUGGACUUGAUACGUCUGCAGCACCAGACAGAGCUGGAGAACCAGCUUGAAUACAACAGGCGGAGAGAGCGGGAGCUACACAGGAAACAUGUCAUGGAGCUCCGACAGCAGCCCAAGAACCUCAAGGCCAUGGAGCUGCAGAUUAAGAAGCAGUUCCAGGACACCUGCAAAGUGCAGACCAAGCAGUACAAAGCACUGAGGAACCAUCAGCUGGAGGUCACCCCCAAAAGCGAGCACAAGGUCAUCCUGAAGAUGCUGAAGGACGAGCAGACGCGCAAGCUGGCCAUCCUGGCCGAGCAGUACGAACAGACCAUCAACGAGAUGAUGGCCUCCCAGGCACUGCGGCUGGAUGAGGCCCAGGAGGCGGAGUGCCAGGCCCUGAGGCAGCAGCUCCAGCAAGAGAUGGAGCUGCUCAGCGCCUACCAGAGCAAGAUCAAGAUGCAGACGGAGGCGCAGCACGAGCGUGAGCUGCAGAAGUUGGAGCAGAAGGUGUCGCUGCGAAGGGCCCACCUCGAACAAAAGAUCGAGGACGAGCUGGCUUCGCUGAAGAAUGAGUGCACAGAGAGGAUCAAGUUCAUGCUGGAACGUCAGAAGAGGGAGGUGGACACGUUCGACAUGGAGAGCGCCCGGCUAGGCUUCAGCAACCUCAGCAUUCUGGACUAUCCUAAGGACGACUAUAGAUGAGAAAAGCUUCGCCAUGGCUGCUGUACCUCCCUUAACAUGUGGCUCCAUGCUACUGAUGUCACUUACGAACUAGUGCCUGUGCUGCCCUUAACUACCGAGGGUCUCCCGUCAAGUCACAUGAUAAUAUGCUGGAUUUACUCUAUAGGCCGUCUUUUAAAAACAAAUGUGGCAGUGUUGGUGGUUUUUUUGUGCAAUAAAUUCAUUGGUAAAGCUGAAAGCAAAGCAAAAAAGUAAAACAAUUUGGAUAUACAUUGGUUAAUAGCUGUACUUAAAAGAAUUAUUUUUAACGUAAGGGGGAGAUUUUUCCAUCUCACGGGCACAUUCAAAACUGCCUUCCCCUCUCUGGUAUUUAUUAAUCAGGAUAGGAAAAUUUGGUACUUACACAAAGGCCGUGAUGUACAUAUGAGUAGUCUACGUUUAGUAUGUUACUUUGGGAUUAAAUGUGACUUAACAAACGCGUGUGGCGUUUAACUGUAUUGGAAUCAUUUUCUAUGGCGACAAUGUGAAUACAAUUCCCAACACCUAUGCAUAACGAGGAUUGGGAUGGUUGUGUAUUUUGUGUAUAGAAGGAUUUAUGGAGAGCUUUUAAUUAUUUUCAUAUUGUAUUUUAACUGGUCCUCAAAUGAAUUUUUUAGCAAUGAUUCUUCCCUCAUUGUUCAGUAUUUUGUAGUUUAAUCAGUGGGAUCUUGUUUGAAUUUCUGUUUAGAUUGUUCUCGCUUAAACCACCUUUAAGCUGUGAAUUUUUCUUAUGACAAAUCAAAAGGCAAAAUGCUUUAUUGCAUGCACUUUAAUUUUUUUCCAAGUUAAGAGCGGCAUGAAUCUGUCAGAGCUUUUAAUUAUAUUUGUAAAUAAAAGUGCUCAUCACA